UCUCAUCUCCAACCUUGGCUUCUCUCUCUCUCUCUCUCUCUCUCUCUCUCUCUCUUUUUUCCUUCUUUCUCUUUCUCUCUGUAAAGUUUCUCUCUAACCCCUUGGAAUUGUUCCAAAAUUCGUUUACCUAGAUUUUCGAUCACACAAAAACCUUUAGCAUCUCAUACAUUCAUACAUAUAAAAGGUAUAUAACUUUUGUCUAUACAUAUAAGAAUUGGAGCUCCUUUGCGAUCAAUUUCGCGACUUAGCCGAGGAUCUGUUCGGGCUUUGUUCGUAUUGAUCGAUGUGAGGAUUUCUCCUCACGCUAAGCGAGGUUUGGAGAUGGCUACUGGGAGUAACAUAGAUAUGCUAUCAACCCAAGAUAAUAAUCUGCAAAGACCCAAUGGGAAUUUAGAAGAUGCUUUACAGAGUGAGCUUGAACUGAUUUUAAGAGAGCAGCGAAAUCAGCAUGCCAUUCAUCGGGAAAGGGAUCUGAAUAUAUAUAGGAGUGGCAGUGCCCCGCCAACUGUUGAGGGAUCGCUAACUGCUGUGGGUAGUCUCUUUGGGAACUCUGAUUUUAGGGAUGUCACUAGUAGGAUUAGUAAUAACAAUGGGGUUUUGUCUGAGGAUGAGAUUCGAUCGCAUCCUGCUUAUCUUUCGUACUACUAUUCACAUGAUAAUAUUAACCCAAGAUUGCCUCCACCAUUGUUGUCAAGAGAGGAUUGGCGUGUUGCUCAAAGGUUUCAGGUCGGUGGGUCUUCUUUUGAGGGCAUUGGGGACUGGCGGAAGAAGAAAUUGGUAGAUGACGGUGAUAGUUUGUCGCUGUUUUCAACGCAGCUGGGGCUUUCCGUACAAAAGGCAGAGAAUGAUUUGAUGGAGUUGAGGAAUGGCAAUGGAAGCAAUCUCCCUAAACAGACUUCAUCUGAGUGGCUUGAUAGAGGCUCAGAUGGUUUAAUUGGUUUGUCGACAAGUGGGCUUGGUGCAAGGAGGAAGAGUUUUGCUGACAUUUUACAGGAAGGACUUGAUCCACCUGCUUCCUUGACAAGGCCAUCAAGUCGUAUUGCUUUUAGUGAUAUCAUGGAUUCCACAGGCAUGGCUGAUGCCCGGCCAGUGGGGUUAUGUAAUGGAGUGGAGUCUGCAGAGGGCUUGCAUAAUGGAGCAGCUUCACGUGGCCUGGUGGGAGUUCAGAGCCAUGGUACAGCGGCUUCUCAUUCCUUUGCAUCUGCUGUGGGUCCUUCUCUGUCAAGAAGCAGAACCCCUGAACAACAACUAUUUGGGAGGUCUCCCAGUGCUGGUCUUCCUCCUGUGGGGAGUAGAGUAUUUCCUGUUGAGAAGAAGAAUGUUGCAGGUCCAGAUAUGCCAAAGGAUAAUUCUUCUGGCAUGAAUGAUCUGGAUAUUGCAGCCAAAUUAUCUGGCUUAAGCCUGUCAAAAGGUAGAUCUGUAGAUGAAGAUAGCCGUAUUCAGUCUCAGCUUCAUUUGGAUCUUGAUAAACAGCGUGAUUUUCUGUUCAACAUGCCAAAUGGUCAUAAUCAGAGGCUGCAGCAGCAACUGAUAGAGAAGUCAAAUGCUGAAAGUUUUUCUCUUGCUUCGAAUUAUCCUCAUUUAGCAAAACAAAAUGGGAUCAUGACAAACCGUAAUACAUCUGAUGGGCAAGCUAAUUUUGGCAGAAGAACUUCUUCUGCCAGUCUUUACUCAAAAGGGAGUUCUUCAGGCUUUGGAACUUUGGAAGGAUCUAAUGUUCAUUACCAAGAUGCAAAUACUCCAGGCAUGGAGUUUCAUGGCCAUUCUGGGGCCUAUCCUGUGAAUCCAAAGUUGAAUAUGACAAUUAAUAAUCAUCUUGAUGCAGCAGCAUUGACUGGUAGUGGUGAUGGGCAUAGUCCGAACAGACUGGGAAACAAAGUAGGGUCUGGUCUUCAUUCUUCAGUUAUGGACCGAUCUUAUAUUCAGUUUUUGCAAAGAGCUGACUAUGCAACACGUAAUGUUACUAGUCCAAGUGGUUAUCCUCCCAGUAAAAAUCACUUUGGCACUUUGCAUGGAGACUUAGAGGGGCUUCAGAAAGCAUAUUUUGAGGCAUUGCUUGCUCAACGGAAGCAACAGUACGAGUUGUCACUUUCAGGUAAAUCUGGUGGAUUUAACCAUGGGUAUUAUGGGAAUCCAUCAUAUGGGCUCGGCAUGACAUAUCCAGGAAAUCCAAUGGCAAAUUCUGUUCAUCCUUCUGUUGGAUCUGUUAGUCCAAUGUUUCAGAAUGAGAAGAUUGAACGCUUUAAUUCAAUGUUGAGAAGUCCAAUGGGAGGGUCAGUUAGCUCCUGGCAAUCAGAGAUUGGAAAUGACCUAGAAGGACGACAUGCAUCAUCAUUAUUAGAUGAGUUCAAGAACAAUAAGAAUAAGUCUUUUGAACUUGCAGACAUUGUUGAUCAUGUAGUUGAGUUCAGUACCGAUCAGUAUGGAAGUCGCUUUAUUCAGCAGAAACUUGAAACUGCCACUGCGGAAGAAACGAUGAAGAUAUUUCCGGAGAUUAUUCUUCAUGCUCGUACCUUGAUGACUGAUGUAUUCGGAAAUUAUGUCAUACAGAAGUUUUUUGAGCAUGGUACAGAAAGCCAAAGAAAUGAAUUAAGCAGCCAACUCACUGGCCAUGUUUUGCCUCUCAGUCUUCAAAUGUAUGGUUGCAGGGUGAUUCAGAAGGCCUUGGAAGUGGUUGACGUUGAUCAGCGGACUCAAAUGGUGGCAGAGCUUGAUGGUUCAGUCAUGAAAUGUGUCCGUGAUCAGAAUGGGAAUCAUGUCAUUCAGAAGUGUAUAGAAUGUGUCCCUCAAGACCAAAUUCAGUUUAUCAUUACAUCCUUCUAUGGGCAAGUUGUCACACUUUCCACCCAUCCUUAUGGUUGCCGUGUCAUACAGAGGGUUCUGGAACAUUGCGAUGAUUCAAAUACACAACAAAUUAUCAUGGAUGAAAUCAUGGAAUCUGUAUGCAUUUUGGCACAAGAUCAGUAUGGAAAUUAUGUCAUUCAGCACGUCCUUGAACAUGGUAAACCACAUGAACGGUCAGAAAUUAUCCACAAGCUUGCAGGACAAAUUGUAAAGAUGAGUCAGCAGAAGUUUGCUUCUAAUGUUGUGGAGAAAUGCUUAACAUUUGGGAGUCCUGAGGAGCGCCAGUUUUUGGUGAAUGAGAUGCUGGGUUCCACUGAUGAAAAUGAGCCCUUACAGGCCAUGAUGAAAGAUCCAUAUGGAAACUAUGUUGUGCAAAAGGUUCUUGAGACUUGUGAUGAUCAGAGUCUUGAGUUGAUUCUUUCUCGCAUUAAGGUUCAUUUGACUGCCCUGAAGAAGUAUACCUACGGCAAACAUAUCGUUUCUCGUGUUGAGAAACUCAUCACAACUGGAGAAAGGCGCAUAGGGAUGUCAGCCUCGCAUUCUUCUUGAGGCAUCCAAUUCGGAGCAAGCACGGCAUUUUUCCUGUUGCCACCACCAAUAAGUAUGCACCUUUUGUACAGCUAACAUGGACAGUGACCUUAGCAAGUUCAUUUGAUCGUAUAAUAUACAGAGAGACUAUAGUUGUAAAUAAGCAUGAAAUCCAGAGGCCCCUGCGAUAUGGAAUUUUUGUCUAUCCGCCUCCUUGUAUAUAUUUUUGGCUCACCAAUUCUAAUCUGAUCAUGAAGACUCCACAUGGAGGAGGAGGGUAAUUCUAGCCUGUGGAGAAGUACGUGUAAAAGGUUCAUUGUCUAUAUUACAGUAUUAAGUGUAAAUGGUUAACUGCAUUUUGAAAGAGAGGGUAAAUAGGGUUAUGUAUGGUGGGGUCUUCGACUUUGAGAACUACAUCUUGUAAAUAUACUGCAACUUUCUCCAGGAGGAAUCAAAAUAACAUUUAAU